UCUACUAUCUCGAAAAGACUCUUCUUUUUUACACUCUCUCUCUCUCUCGCUCCCUGUCUCUGUUCUUGCUGGAGGGCACUAGAGAAAGGUAGGGUAAAAACUCAAACCCUAAAACCCUGCACCAAACCACUAAGACUCUAGAGAGUAGCAGCUCAAAGCGUAGCAAACCAAACCCCAACUCCUGAAAACCAUAUCGCAUUCCAUUCCGGCACCAAUCCAAAGCGAAAAUAUUUCUUCUUUUUGUGAUUUGACACUCCCCACCUGAACCCUUUUUUCCAUAAGCCAUUCCAUUUUUUCUCCUUGAAAAGGAAAGCUCUGCUAUACCCCAUUUCAUCGUAUUUAUUUCGACUUCCACUCCGUAGUUCUCUUCUUUUAGUGAACCUUUAGAAAACAGAGCAAACACCUACAGCCCCAAGAUGCCAAACCCAAGAUUCAUAACCUUUAUCUUGAUUUUCAUCAAUGUAGUGGCUUUAGUGACCCCCAAAUCCACAAUCGAACCCUGCUCUAACUCUGACUCCUGCAAUGCUCUUCUUGCCUAUACACUUUACACAGACCUCAAAGUGUCAGAAGUGGCUUCCCUCUUCCAAAUUGAUCCAGUAGCUCUCCUCACAGCCAACGCCAUCGACAUCUCUUACCCAGAUGUCGAAAACCACAUCCUCCCUUCGCAACUCUUCCUCAAAAUCCCCAUCACUUGCUCUUGUGUUGAUGGAAUCCGCAAAUCCGUCUCGACCCACUACAAAACAAGACCCUCAGAUACAUUAUCUACCAUUGCAGACUCAAUUUAUGCAGGUUUGGUUUCUGCGGACCAGAUAAAGGAGGCGAAUUCAAUUGAUGAUCCUUCAGUGCUUGAUGUGGGGCAGAGCCUUGUUGUUCCUUUGCCUUGUACUUGCUUUAAUGGGACGGAUAAUUCGUUGCCUGCUAUUUAUUUGUCUUAUGUUGUCAAGGAGGUGGACACUCUGGCUGCCAUUGCUGCACGGUAUGCAACUACACUAACUGAUUUGAUGAAUGUUAAUGCUAUGGGGAGUGUUGCAAUCAUGGCUGGCGAUAUACUUGCUGUACCAUUGCCAGCCUGUGCUUCCAAGUUUCCAAGAUAUGCUUUUGAUUUUGGUUUGAUUGUGCCAAAUGGUAGCUAUGCUAUCUCUGCAAGUCACUGUGUCCAAUGCAGUUGUGGACCUGGAAACCUCAAUUUGUACUGCAUGCCUGCUUCCUUGGCAGUUUCUUGUUCGAGCAUGCAAUGUAGGAAUAGCAAUCUCAUGCUUGGGAACGUUACAUGGCAGCAGAGUAGUGCUGGAUGUAAAGUAACUUCUUGUAGCUAUGGUGGAUAUGUCAAUGGAACUAUUAUAGCCACGCUGUCAACAUCUCUUCAACCUCGAUGUCCAGGCCCGCAACAAUUUCCUCCCCUGGUAGCACCACCUACCACAGUGAUCAGGGAUUCAAAUUUUGCUCCAGCACCCGCACCUCAGUCAGAUGGUUCUAGUACACCGACAUCGACACCCAAGACAGGAGUUGUGCCAGCUACUGGAUCACUUCCUGGAUUAUCUCCAGCAAGUGGCCCAAGUGGAAGUAUUUCUGCUUCUUUCUCGGCCAAUCCAUCAUCCACUCUCGUAAUUGCAGCAGUGCUAUUCUUGUUUGCCAUGGCCUCCAUUCCAUUGUAGUUUUACCAUGAAACUGCUUGUCCAGGUGGCAUAGUUUUGGUUCGUGUGGUUUGUUUCUUUUUUAAUAGGGCCCUUUCUGUUGUAUGUAACAUUUUUAGUUUUGCCUCUACCACUUGAAACUGAGAUACGGGAAACCAUGGGCUGUCUACGAGCCUGGUUGGUAUUUUGAUCUGCUAGCUUGCUGCAUUAUGUACUGCAAGGCUUGCCAUGGGCAGUUGCCCUUUUGUUAUUCAUUCGUCGCUUAAAUUAUCCAGAGCUCAAUGAUAUUUGUUCGCAAUUGUGUUC